GACGCUCAAUCUCCCUUUUCUUUCUACCCCAUAGCUGACAAGGCGCCUUCAAACCCCCCCGUUCGCCAGUGUUUUCCGUGUGCCGUCCGGCUUUCAACCAUUACUUCCCUAGUGUACCCGCCCAAGAUGGACAUUCUCGAAUUAAUCCAUACUGAGGGCCAUCAACAUGAUUCGAGACCGUUCCGCUGUGCCUGGGAGAACUGUGGCAAGGCGUUCUCGCGACGCUCCGAUCUAGCUCGCCAUGGCCGCAUCCACACUAACGAGAGACCAUUUGUGUGCCAGGAACCAGGUUGCACAAAGUCCUUCAUCCAGCGUUCUGCGCUGACCGUCCAUCAGCGGACGCACUCCGGGGAGCGCCCCCACAUGUGCGAGCAGCUCGACUGUCAGAAGCGAUUCAGCGACAGCAGUUCCCUCGCUCGUCAUCGCCGCAUCCACACCGGAAAGCGACCAUAUAAGUGCAACAUUGACGGCUGUGGCAAGAGCUUCUGCCGCAAGACCACGCUCACGAAGCACCACCGCAAGGAGCACGUGGCUGUCCGUCGUCCUACCCUUUGGCGAGGUGACAUGGUCGGUGCGUCCAUGCUGGAAGCAGAGUUGGCCCAUCCGCUGCAGGUCCAGAUCCCAACCUACCAGAGCAUGUCGCCCGUUCACACACCACCACACGAGGGCUCCCCCAUGUCGCCUAUGUCCCCACUGUCGCCCAUGACUCCUAUGACUCCCAUGAGCCAGAUGAACCUGUCGCCAAUGGAUCCGCUGGCGCAACUCCACCCGAUUCUACAUAUUGACCAUUCCCAUAUGAAGAGCCAUCACAUGCAUGGCCAGAUGCAGCACCAGCCACAGCCACAGCAGCAGUCUCACCACCACUACAUCAAGCAGGAGGAGUACGAGCCGUACCCCGGUCAGAUGCAAGCACGACCUCAGCAUCCCCUUCAGCCCCAGGGCUUUGGUUCAAAUUACCAGCACUUCUUGAGUCACCUCGGCCCCAAUACCCAGCAUGGUAUCCCUGUCGACGCGGCCUUCUACCCUUCGUACUACUAAGCUUGACUUGCCAGCGUUUUCGCUAUGGCCUAGUUGAACUGGGCCUUUUCGUCGCUACUGCUUGUUUCCACGACAUCUUGUAUUGUAUACCCUCAAUUUCUUCGAGUGCUUUUGGCUUCUUUCUUUGUUCUUGCCCUCCUUUUCCUUUUUAUUCGACUA